GAGCCAGAUCCGUUUUCAACAAAAGCAGUCGAUUUGUUAGACGAAUUACUUUCUCUUCGCGUUCGAAGUGAAAAGAUCAAAGAAAUAUUAACGAAGCUCAAAGAUUCCGAACAAAGUUUUGAUUUGGUUAAAGAAUCUGAACUCGAAACAAAGCUAUCCAGUUUUAGUAAACACGUGGAAUCUAUCAUGUCAAAUAAACAAGUUAUUUUAAUGAGACUUAAAGACCCUUUUGUUGGUGAACAUAUCGACCUUGAGCCAGAAUACCACAAGUAUUAUCCUUUCUUUAUC